GGGUGUCGUGCUGUUUUGGCGCACUAUUUAGGAAGGUAGUGUGCGGUUUUGAACGUGGAUUGAAUCGCGUGUCAAACAGCAGCAGCAGCCGCGUCAAGUCACACUUCCAGCUGGUCAAUGUGGCGGUAGUAAGAAGCCGGGGCGUGUUUCGUGAUUGGAGUUUUCACACACGCGUGCGGUGGGAAACUAUUUAAAGAUUCUAUUUCCUGAUGUAUAAAUCAUUAUUUGACAAGUAGCUGUGUGAGAAUUGAAGUUUGCGAUUCGAGAAAAUGGCGGAGGUUGUUGCUACAGCCGGCGUGGAAAAGAGUCUCGACGACUUCUUUGCUAAGCGGGAUAAAAAGAAGAAGAAAGAAAAGGGGAAAGGGAAAGAAACGGGCCCGGUGAGCGCCCCGGCCUCGGUGAAGAAGACUAAGAAAGAGAAGGAGAAGUCGGUGAAAAACGAAAACCAGGACGCGACCGUUGAGAAGGAGGAUGAGGAAUGGAAAGAGUUUGAGCAGAAGGAGGUGGACUACAGUGGCCUGAGGCUUCAGGCUCUGCAGAUUAAUGAUGAAAAAGAGGAGGAAGAGUAUGAGAAGGAGGAGGUGGGAGAGGAUGGCGAGAUCAUACUGGUCAGUGGAGAUAAAGUAUCUGGCCCUUGGAACAAAUCUGGACCUCCUCCACCAGCUGCUCCCGUGGAGGACAAAGAGGUUUCUGAGUCGAAGCCUGCUGGUGUAUAUCGUCCCCCUGGGGCUCGGUUAAGUUCAUCAAAAAGGGGGCCGUCACAGGGGCCUCCAGAGAUCUUCAGCGAUGCACAGUUUCCCUCACUUCUUGCAACUGCCAAACAUGUGGAGACUCGCAAGGACCGAGAGAUUGAGAAGACGUUCGAGGUGGUCAAGCACAAGAGUCGUGCCAGAGAAGGGGAAGGUCCAGGAGCUGUGCAGCAUUUACAGUUAGACAACCAGUUUGCUGUUUUGGAGGAUAAAUAAACACUGUCCUCAGCCCAUCACCAAUGGUGCAGUCCGAACCACAGGGCGAGACGACCUGCCGCUGUGCUGAUGCAGUCCUGAUCAUGCUGGAGAUGCAACACACACACACCCCUGUACUACAGUUGUUUUCUCUCUCUCACACACAUACAUACACACACAGACCUCUAUACUACAUGGCUAUUUUCUCUCUCUUGCUCUGUUACAUACACAAUUUAUUUUUUUUUUCUCUCUCUCUCCCACAAAGACAUUCAGACAGAGUGCCCUCAAGUAUUUCACUCACACUUGGCUGGCCAAGGUUCUCUUAUUGAACACAUCCAAAAGGGCUGUGGCAAAGGGGACUGAGCAACUUUUUUUUUUUUUUAAUUCUCCUUCUUAUGACGGUGAAAACAAGCAAACUUCUGUGAUGGUGGAUUUACUCAGAGCAGUGCAGGGUCGGAGAGCUGUGCAAUGGGACAUCAGCUGAACUCUGAGAAAGCCCUCUCUGAGGAUGGACCCUUCUGUGAUCAAUUGAACUUCUGUUGAAAUUACACCCUUUUUUUGGCUUUGCGAAAUCAACAGAACUCCUGAAUGUGAAGUUGUUGUCUUUUCAUGGUGGGAGUGUUUGGGUCAGGCCAGAGGAGAGGGUAAGACUACCUCAGUUGCAGAUCUGUGGUUACCCUGUUGAGAGUCCUGGGCCUGGUCACAAUCCCAGCUAAAAGGGGAGCACUUAACACUUCAUCCUAAACUUGAAAGUUUCUUUUCUCUCCCCUACUUUCCUCCUCUUGGGGCUUUAAAGCUUGCGCUAUUUGAAUCGAUCUUAUUAAAGUGGCCUUACUGUAAAGAGUAAAAGCAUAGUGAUUUUGAAAUAUAGAUAUAGAUAUAUAUAUAUAUAUAUAAAUGAGUGAGAGAAAUGUCUAUCAUCUGGAAAGACACUUUGGAGUGUGUGGAAGGCUGCUGCUUGCCUCUUGUACCACUCAAGGAGUAAAAACCAUCUUUUUACUUGCUGGAGUGUAGUGCUCAGUUAGUUUAAAUCCCCCCCCUCCCGGAUUCUGCUUAAACACAUUGUUUAUUGCAAAAAUGAAUUUGAUGCAAGGCUUAUGUUCAGACCCCCCAUUUUGAUUGUUUCCAUUUAGUGUUUUUCCUCUUUCUGCCCUUUUCAGUAUACUUUUUAAUCUGAUUUCAUGAUUGGCAAAUGAGAAUUAAAGCAUAACCUUCUGAA